CAAUGCACAUUAAUACAAAGGAUUUAUGGAUAUCGCUUCAAUUAUAAACGUGCCUUUAGGAUGACGUUGCUAUUUUUUCUUUUUAUCUGGGACACGCACGCACUAAAAUGGCAGCAGUAAGCGUCACGCAUUUCUAUCUAUCACAUGUAAUUGUGUCUUUAUAAAGUCUAUCAUAAAGUUUUUCGACAAAAGUCACUUAACCACGCUGUGCCCUUUAAUAAGAGAAACCUCUGACAACAUCAAUUGAACAUUAAUAAUAAAUGAACUUAACACCGUGGCACUGUCCCUGAACUACAUUAUAUAAGCACUAAAUUCCAUUAACGUUACUUCAAGCCACUCUCUUCUCCUCUAUUCAGUCUUCAUUCUUGCCUCGUUUAUGGUACAUUUCAAACUGACGCUGGAUUAUAACAGAUAGUUAACAUUUGCAACUUUUAAAAAGUGCACUAAAAUCAUAUAAAGAAAAUAUUGUAAAAAUGUGGCAGUUCCAUAGUCAAUGCACCAGUGAAACGCGUCUCAUAAACAAAACAGUAGUUAUAACAGGAGCGAAUACUGGAAUCGGCAAAGAAACUGCCAGAGAUUUUUACAGAAGAGGUGCAAGAGUAAUUUUGGCUUGUCGGAAUAUACAAAAAGCCAAUGAUGCAGUUGAAGACAUUAAAAAAAAUUUACCUUCAAGAGCAGACAGAAAACAAUUUCAAGGUGAUCCAGGUCAGCUCAUUAUUUAUGAAUUGGAUCUCUCUAGUCUAAAAAGCGUAAAAGAUUGCGCUAGAAAUUUGUUAAUGAAAGAAUCGGCUAUUCAUCUGUUAAUAAAUAAUGCUGGCGUGAUGAUGUGCCCGCAACAAACAACCGAAGAUGGAUUCGAGUUGCAACUACAAACAAACUAUAUUGGUCACUUUCUUCUGACACUUCUAUUGUUGCCAAAGAUGCAAUCUUCUGUUCCUGGCUGUAGAAUAGUAAAUGUAUCGUCGUUUCUUCAUCUAUUUGGUGCUAUACAUGAUGAUCUAAAUUUAAAACAAUCAUACACUCCUAUGAGAGCCUAUAUGCAAAGUAAACUGGCAAAUAUAUUGUUCACCAAAGAACUCGCUCGUCGAUUAAAAGAAGCAAACAUUAAUGGAAUAAAUGUAUAUUCUUUGCAUCCUGGCGUUAUAACGUCAGAAAUAGGUCGACAUUUUAGUUCAACAAUGUUUCCAGGUGCAAGCACUGUUUUUCGAGUAUUUUUGCGACCAAUUUUAAAAAAUCCUGAACAGGGAGCACAAACAACGAUAUAUUGUUCAGUAGAUGAAAAAGCAGCUAAUGAAACUGGUCUCUAUUACAAAGAAUGCGGAAUUGCGACUCCACAAUGGCGAGCGCAGGAUGAUCAAAUUGCCAAAAAUUUAUGGGAUCAAACCUGUCGGCUCUUGCGUUUGGAAUGUGAUGAAGAUUUUGCAAAGUUUUUAAAAACUGUUUCCCUUGAAAUUGUCGAAUAAUAUAUGCAUAUUGAAUUAAUGAUAUAUAUGAAUUU